AUGUUGCUGCUGAACAGGGACGGUUCAACAUGGAGGUACUCUAAAAGAGGAUGGACUGGUGCCUUCUUACCGGUGACUUCCUGCAAAUAUGAUGAUGUCGUUGGGCAGGAUACACCCUCGCCAUACUCCCUUAUCUCCAAAGCUCGAGUAGUCCAAUUAGGAAUAGUGGACGGAUUAGCUAACAAGCCUGCAUUUCUGCCACUCUCAAUACCAAGAUCUCUCUCUGAGCAACUUCUUAAAUUGCAUUCAAACCCUCCUGCCUUCUUUAUAAGCCAGUUUAUUUGGUAUCUUAUGCGAAAUGGAGAAGAAUUUCAGAAAGCAUUGGAUGAACAAGUUUCAGCCAUACGAUUUGAAAAAGGCCCUGUCGUCGGACUGCAAAUUCGGCGCACAGACAAAGUGGGAACAGAAGCCACUUAUCAUUCGGUGGACGAGUAUAUGAAGUGGACGGAGAUUUGGUUUAAGAUCCAAGAUAAGAAAAAGGGAGGACUAGUCACUCGUCGAGUCUUUGUAGCCACCGACGAUCCUUCAGUAAUCCCUGAACUGAAGAAGAAGUGA